AUGUCUCUCCCCGAAGGCCAUCCUACCGUUCACGAACACUGGGGCAGGAAAUGUCCAGUCACUGGUGAUAGCCACGACUUCUGCCCUCCACAGGAGGGUGAUAUCCGCUCGGUGUGUCCAGCGCUCAACACGAUGGCCAACCAUGGGUACAUCGCCCGUGACGGAAAGAACAUCAGCGCUCAGGACAUCGUUGUCGGCCUCAAAGCAUGCUACGGCCUGUCCAACCCCCUUGCCUACUUCCUCUCCUACGUCGGUUUCAUCAUCCUGCGCAAGUUCCGACGGAUAUCCCUCGCCGAGAUCGGGAAGCACGGUGCGGUGGAGCACGACGCCAGCCUCGUGCACCAUGACACUCCGGAGGGCCAGGAGUACGCGCCGAUAGCGAUCGACCCGGCACUCGUGGAGACGUUCAUCGCCGACGUGCGACCGACUGCGAAAGAGGUGCAGGGCAGCACGGAGGACGGGGUCGAGUUCCUGAUGAACGCCGAGGACGUGGGCCGGUCACGCGUGCGCAGGGAGAAGGAGUGCAGGCCGGUGGACGCGAUUCACGCUGAGAUCGCGCGUGGGGAGAUGGCCAUCAUCCUCGGCGUCUGGGAGAAGAAGACAAGAACGAAAGCUGGCAUCCCGGUCGACUGGGUCCAGCGUUGGAUUAGUGAAGAACGCCUACCGGAGGGCUGGAAGCCAGACCAUACGGAGAACCUGCUAGAUGUCGUCAAACGCGCGAAGUCUAUCAAAGCCGCAGCGGAUAUGAUACGGCAGGAGGAGGCGGCGAACGUGCCGCCACCCAAACCGGUUUAA